AUGGCACGACGACUGGGAUUGAUUGUCAGUAACAAGACUUUUCUCGACAGAUGGCGUCACAUAGAAAGACCGGGUUCGCAUAGAGAUGCAGUCACCAUGCAGGCACAACUCGUAAAAUUUGGAUUCGUUCCUAUGAUGGAAGGGGAUACGACGAUGGUUCACAAAGACGUGACUAGAGACGACUUACUAGAAUUGAUGAAACGGGCUGCCGGACAGACGAACGUUGAUCUGUUUUUCAUCAUGAUCCUCUCUUACGGAAAGGACGGAGACGUCGUGUGUCACGACAGCGAGUUUCUAGAGAUAGAUCGCAUACUCGAACUUUUUCACGACAGUAGUAGUGGAAAAAAGAUGGUUUUUUUUAUGAGCGACUAUCACGAGGAUACGUGCACCCCCCGAAUACCCAUACAGACUUUCUCCACGACCAAGUUUCCACCAGAAACCGUGUUACAGUUCAGUCCCGUGACGGGAUUCUUGGGUUGGUUGAGGAAGAGAAACGGACGCGUGAAUCGUGGAUUGUCGUACUUUGUGGAAUCGGUUUGUAAGGCGAUUAACAAAGAAUCUUCGUCGGAGUUGAGAAUCUUUUUCGAGCGCGUACACGAAGAGUAUGCCAAGAUCCUAGUAGAAGAAGAAAUAGAACAGUGCGAAGAUUUUCUCAUGCCAGAGGUCCGAUCCUCGCUCACGGAAGAACCUACGUACCCUUAA